UUACAUGCGCAAGAAGGACGCAAACGCGUCAUCUGGGAUGGCUAUUCGGUUGUGGAAUAAAAUAUAUGUGAGAUAUAGCGAGUCAGAUUAGUGUCCGAUCGUUCCAUUAAAGUAAGAGAACCACGGUAUGUACUCGUAGCGGUAUAGUAGCUGUUAUGCUUCUUUAAGGAAUAUGGCAAGAUGGCGACAUGUUUAAAGCGAACGUCAAAAUUGUUUAAUAUUUCUUUAUUACAAUCAUCAGUGGACAUUUCUCUUCGAGAUUUAAUAUGUCCUGUGUGUCGUAGUAUCUUGAUCGAACCAGUGACAUUGCCGUGUACUCAUAAUCUUUGUUUAAAAUGUUUGAAAGGUACUUUUGAACAUAAUAGUUUGAGCUGUCCACUCUGUAGAAUACGAGUCGGUUCUUGGCUGCGUACUGCAACGAAAACCGAAACAUUAGUUAAUAAUGGUUUAUGGGAAUUAAUUCGUACGAAAUUUUCAAAAGAGGUUGAGAAUAAAUUUAACGGCGACGACACAAACAUCGACUUGGAUGUUGACUUUACUAGCGUUAAUAAAACACUUAGCGUACCCGGAGAAAUUCGCCGGGAAUAUGAAGUGCAACUUCAAAUGGCAGAAGAAGAAAUACAGUGUCAAAGAAAAGCUGAACAGAUAGCAAGCGAAGCUUUAAUUCGUAAGAUUCAAGAAGAAGAACAACAGCAACAAUUAGUGCAAUUGACUCAAGAUCAGUUACUUGCAAAGUCUUUAGUCAAAAAGCAAAUUGCAGAAAAGCAAAAAGAAGCAUCUAAAUAUUGUAAUACUUAUCCUCGCGCAGCUAGUAACUUGUUUCAUACCUCAAAGUUUAAUGUUUCUACUAUGACCGAAAUGAAUUUGUGUAAAACGGAACCUCAUAGUUCCAAGUACGAUAAAGAAAUUGUUUUAGAACCUCCAGAUAAUUCUGGACUAAGGAGAUCAAAUAUCGCAUUAAUAUCUAAAAUUCGUGCCGAAAGAUAUGCUUCUAGUAUGAAAAAUAAUGAUUCUUCUAAUACGUGUAAUGAUUCUGGGACUAAAUUUUGUUGUCAGAAACCAAUGCCUAUAUAUAAUGCUAUCGCAAGAACUUUGAAACACCAAGCAACAACAAAAGUUAUAGAAUCUUGUACAUCCAACUAUCCUACAGAAAGUGGAACAUCUUCCUCCAAAAUAUAUGGCACUCAAAGUAAAGAGGAGUUACAUGUACCAGAUGAUAUUGUAAAUAGUAAAAAGAAAAGCUUAGGGGUGGAAGUAUGUAUAUCUUCGGGAGACGACGAUGAAAGAAUGGGAAGUGCAGAAAGUGCCGGUAGCCAUGAUAGUAUUAAUCAAGAAAUUCAUCAUUUUAAGCCGAUCAAGGCUAUGCCAAGAACACCGUUAAAAAUUUCUACAGAUGGAAGACAAAUAGAUCCAAAAUUAAUUAGAGUUAUACCUAUCUUUAAAAGGAUAUCUAAUGUUAUGCCUAAGCCACCAUGUCAGUCACAUUUGAAACGAAUUAUUGGGUGCUCUUGGAGCGCAUUUCGAGGCAAAACCAAACAGAGCGCAAAAGAGAAAGAACUGUACAGAGAGGAGGUUGAACAGAAACCAUCAACAUCUUAUAAUCAGUCUCCAAUUAUUUCUAAUAAAAUAGUAAAAUCUCAGAUUCACGAUAGUAUUCGAAAACUUGAUUUCGCUUCAGAAGCUUCGUUUGAUUCUGAUAAAAAUUAUACUAAAGGUACGAAUAAAAUAAUUAAUGGCACAAAAGUUGGUAAAAAGUUAAUAUCGGAAGAGAAUAGAGAUGCAAAAAAGGUGGAAAAAUCUUGGAAAUCACAUAUUAGGAACGGUAUGGUGUGUAAAUCUAAACGACAGAAAAAUUUAUGGAUUAAGAAAGACGUACGAAUUGUUACGGCUAUGAAAUACGUAGACGAUAUCGAGAUGAGAAAUUCAACGUCUUCGUCUAUGUCCGUAAAAAUAAGUUCAUCGCACGACGAAGAAAUCGAAGUACAAAGAGAGGGCGAGAUGACAGUAGAAAAUAUUGCGGAGAGAAUAAAAAAAAGGAAAACAAAUACAGAUAAGAAGAAUUCGAAUAGCAUGUGUUUAUUAAAUUCCGAGUCAGAAGCAAUAGUGAAAAAGAAUACGAGAAAGAGAUUAUAUAGAAAACCGAAUCUUGAAUGUAACGUAACGGACGAUACGGUUUCUGUUACGAUACAAAAACGAAGUAAAACUAAACAUUCUAAAACUGCUUUGCCGAAAUCGAAACAACAAAGAGCAGCACGACGAGGAAAGCAGUCUAGUACAGAAAGUUUUGAGAAAAGCGAUGGCUCCUUAAGAUUAAGUUGCCAGAUCAAUAAUUUCAGUUUAAGGAAAACAACGCGAAAAGCGAAAACCGAUAAUUCCAUCAAUAGCGAACACGACAUAAGCGACGAGAAUAUGGACAGUAACAAUUACGAUUCGUCCGAAUCCUGCAGCGAACUGCACGAAUGCAUGUCGGAAAAUAAUAAUACUACCGAAACGCGUACGAUCGAAGAGAAAAAUAUUCUUUCGGACGAAGAUAUUGUUAAAGAACAGGAAAGAAUGGAAAGGUUAGUCAUACAAGAGAAAGAAGAUUUCGAACUGGCACUGAGAUUGCAAGCAAAGUUCGACGAAAUGGAAAGAAUAGCUGGUCGAACUAGACGAUCUAGAAAAGCGAUCGAAAGCGAAACGGUCGAAUUAGAUUUGUAUAAAAUUGAUGCCGGGAGAAAUGUACAAAAAGCAAUUAAUUCGCAUACUGCCAAACCGUUGAUUCUCGAUCAUACAGUGAACACUGAAGCCAAGAAACGUGGUAGGCCUCCGAAGCGUGUAAAAUAAAAAUGUCUAAGCUGAACGACUGCGUGUGAACUGUGAACCUUCCAAAUGGAUGUUCCUAUAAAUUGUAAAUGAAAGGUUUGAAUUUCAUCCUGUAUAAUAUUUUAUCUAUCUCGAUCGAAUUGUUUACGUGGCUUGAAAUGCGUACCUGGGAUAUAAUAGUGCGAUCGUAAGAAGAAGAAGAAGAACAAAGAAAAAUUUCAGUACAUUUACGUAGAGAUUUCACGGAAUAUAUAUAUAUACAGGGUUUUAGGCAUAUUGGAUUUGGUUACUACCAUCCGAUAAAGUAUGAAAAUCUAAGGAAAAAAGAUCUCCGCGAUAAUUGGCUAAAUACAUUAAUUUUCAAACGUUGAUUGCGUCGAAUCUAUACGGCACAUUAAAAGAUUCUACUGUACUAAACCUUUUUUCAUAAAUGUUCAUCCUGUAUCGGGCUGAACUAAGCAAAUCCGAUGUCUUCUUAACACCCCGUAUAAUCGUGUAUUGUAAUAUUUUUUUAUUUACACUCGACGUUAGCAAUUAACACACGCGUAUGGUAUAAAGCCGCCGCGAUGAACAAAUUUUUCUUAAACACUUUGAUCGUUUUAGUCUUUUUUGAUCGUGUGGUAAUUAGUGGAAGACAGAUUUGACUGAUAUGCAUAUAAUUCCUGAGAUUAAAAAUUAUAGCUUUAAAAAGAUACUAUGUUUAAAUACGAUUUGAAAAACACAGUAGUGCUUUCCUAACGCGUCUCCUAUGAGAUAUACGUCUAUGAUUGAAGCAAUUUCAUCGGACCGAAAAAUAAUUAUCGACGGAUUAGUAUCGCUUUGGUCUACCACUUUUUUCCUUUAUGAAAAAAAAUAGGGUAACUUUAGUAUAACUUAACGCUAUGCGAAUUAUAAACAGAAAGGGAGUAAAAAAAAAUGAAUUUUAUAAUAAGUUUUUUUUUUUCAAUUUAAUACUAUUUAUAGUAAGCGUAGUUACUAUAUUUCAAUCAGACAAAUUUGAAAAUUAUAGAUUAUUCAAAGGCUGCAAGCUUUAUCAUGCAUUAGAGGAGGAAUAUCGAUAGAAAAUUAGCCGAGCCUACUUUCUAUUUAAUCUUAAGGUGCGUUUACCCUAAAAACAAGCAAAAGAAAAGAAACAAGGAAUGUUUGUUCGUGCUUGAAUCUCGCCGAGGUAGGAGACAAACGAGCAUCCGUUCGUUUUGGCGCGCGGUAAGCGCAUCCUUAGAAACUCGAAACACGAGUUUCUAAUCGAACAUUACAAACAAGUAUAUAUAUUUUUAUAGAACAGCCUCGCAUCAUGGACCUAUCAUACUUGAAAUUUUGCUUAUAUUUAUUCUAUUAAGUAUGCGAAAACGGAAAAAUACAGAAUUCAAAUCUAUUCGCGCAAAGAUUUGAGAAAUAUGUAUGUAGUAUGUACCUCGCUUGAAUGUUUAUUGUCAGUUUUGUUUUACGGUUCACUGUCAUCCAAAAUAUUCUACAUUUUCGUUUUAUUUUCUGAUAACAUCACAGUAUUCAGCAGUCUAACAUACAUGAUCGUCCAUAAAAAAGAAUUCACUGUAAAAAAUAAUUCAUUCCUAAUUAAUGAUAGUAUUGCCUGAUUUCGAAGCACCGCAAAGGUACUUUUCUAUCAAGAUUGAUACGGGCUUGUAUCUAAAUAGCAGUAUCUUUGCAGCUGAAACAGAUACAAAUUAUAAUAAUAGAUAUGUUUAUAAAGUAACAUAUAUUGUACAGAGUAUGUAUUUAGAACUAACGUAUAAUCUUAUGUUACACAGGAAACGUGUAAUUUAAUCUAUAAAAAUUUAAUGAGACGAUACGCGAUUAGAAUCGAAAUACGCGUAUUUCUUUUAUUUCUUUUAUUUCUUUUAUUGCCAUAACAAAACAAUAAUAUUGCCAGUUAAAAACCCAUGUAAACAUACUUUAUUCUAUUGGUUUUAAAGAAAUCCGAAACGAUAAAGCAAUGAAAAGGUACGACUAUUUUAGCGUGAACAUACUACUGUUCAGAUACACGCGUGUACCGGUAUAAGAAUAUUUUCUAUUUUCCCAGAAUUUUCCCCCUAUAUGCGAUACUAUUAACUAGACUACUACUUUUCUCUUUGGUUCCGUUUGUUUGUUUAAUCGUUUUCUAUUUCUCCUCGAAAUUAUAUUCGAAUAUUUAAGUUUCCAUAGACAAUUAUACGUGAAUCUGAUUAAUCCGGAGGCAACUUUUCGGUCUCGUUAUUUGCAACUUUCAUCAACGAUACAAGAAAAAUAAUAAAAAAGUAGAAGGAAACGCCACAGCCAUAAACUAUACUUUGUUCAAACGACAAGUGCGAACAUGUGUAGUCUAUUAAUUGUUAUUUAUAUAAAUACAGAUUAUACAUUGAUAGUUGCGAAACAAGUUAAUAGCAUUGACCGGGUAUAGAUUAUCUCUGACGAAUGACGAAAAUCUAGGCAACGACGCGAUAAAUAGUUAUUCUUAUUGUUCAAAAUUUCAAAGAAAUUUCUGGGUUACGUUGGGUGUACGUAUGCAAGUGUGCGGUUGUGUGUGUAUCGUUAUUACACGUUACGUGUUUCGUUACAGGAUGUAUGUGUAAUAUACAUGUAUAAGUACGGUCAUCCGUCAGAUUUCGUGGCUCGUUAGACAUCUGUCUUGCUCCGUCAAUAGUGAUAGUCUUUCACUUUUUUUAUAUAAAUACUAAUUACAAUUAGAAAUAAUUGAUACAUGCGUUUAAAUGGAACGUAUAUUUGUAAUAUUUCACAUUAUUCGCGACAAAGUAUUCGAAUCGAUUGAAUCAUAUAAUUGUAACCUAAACACUUCGUAUCGAUGCGACUAUAGAUACAAAAAAGAUAUAUAUAUACAUAUGACAUUAACAAAAAUUAGCUGUAAGAUUUACAAAAAAUGUAUAGAGAAAGAAGAAAUAUUUGCGUAUAGAUCGACUAUACACGAUGCGUCGUUGAACAAUAUGUAUUAUCAAACAAUAACAAGCUGCUAUAUAGUCUAAAUAAGAAAAUGAAGAACAAGCGGCAAAAUAAAAUUUAAUGGAUAACGAAGAUGCACCGGUAUGGAUUUUAAAGAGUCAUUUUUAUAUGCAGUACGCACGAUUACCGCGAGGAUAAAAAAUGUAUCGGAAGUAACGUGAAAAUCACGUUGAUCAACUGUUCUGAUACGUUUUAUGUACGAAUAAACGAAUAAACGAGUGUAACUGUUCUACAAAGUAUUUA